AUGCGUGUCACACGCGCCCGCGCCCAGCAGGCCAGCGAUGAUGCGCCGGACGCGACCGAGCGUGCGCCUUUGGAACAAAUCUCGUCCAAUGCGUCGCCCAAACACGCCCACUACGAACAAGAGGACCUGCCUCCGAAAACACCCGCCAAAACCCCGGCCAAGACUCCAGGGCGGAAGACCAAAGGAAAAGGCCGUGCCCAAAAGGGAAAGAAGGGCAGAGCAGUGGAGGAGGAGGAAGAAGAGGAGCAGACCGGAGCCGCACAUGAAGAGGAACAAGCCGCAGAUGCAGCGCCCACGAACAAGGCUGCCGGCGACCAAGUUUCCAACAACGCACCCGACGGAGCCACUCAAGUCCCCGCAAACCAUGGACGACCCGUGACUCCACCACCCACAGUGCGACGAACACGCCGACAGCUAGCUAUGCUGCAAGAUGAAGCAAAACAGGCGCAGCUCAGUGCCCAAUCACAAGAGCCAGAGCCUGUAGCAGAAGUGCCUGCGACGAUAGAAAAGACUCUAGACGAACACAAGGCUGUGGAUGCAUCUUCUGAAGAUACAACGGCGGAUGCGGAACAGGUCCAAGCUGAGAGCCUGUCAGAAGAGCCCAUACAAGGAGCUCAAUUGCCAGCUGCAGCAGAGUCUGUAGAAGAAGCACAAAAUGUGCCCAUAGAAGAAGAAACGCAUCAGGAGGUGACUGAGACGGUAGAAGCAACCCAUGCUGCGCCGGUGCCGCAAAUUGAGGAGCCUCAAAGCGAGGAGCCCGUCGUCGAAGCAACAGUGACUGAAGCAAUAUCCGAAAAUCAAUCGCCCGUGUCUGAAGCUGAACCCCCCGCACCUUCCGUCCAAGUAAGUUCAGAACCUGAACCCAAGACGCUCGCAGCCGAGAGGCCCAGCGAAGACGCUGUGACACCACUCAAAAGCCAUACUUCAAGUCGACGAACAUCGCGAAGCCCGUCAAAAUCACCAAUGCGUUUGGAAGAGUCUUUCGAAGCCAUCGAUGCGCUUGAGGAAGCGCUCGAGAAUGUCACGUCUGUCACUCGAUUCGACCAUGCACAUGAAGUCAUGUCGCCUCAGAAGACAGAGUUUCCCAAGACAGCUACCACGCAGAUCAUGCGGUCCAAGACACCCAUCAAAGCGCCAGUGCCCACACAAGCUCCCGCUGCGAAGAUAUCCAGAACACCGAGUGUUGCUGCGCCUAAGAGCAUGAAGCCAGUCAAGUCUUCGAUAGCUCGCGCGUCUAGUGUCCGCACAGCACCUGGUAAAGACGGUAGAGUAGGUUCUACAGAGACUGUAGAUUAUCUUGCCUUAAAACGCCGGCCAAUCAGCAUGUCAUUUCCCACACCUGCGCCACCACCAAAGGGUCGCGCACCUACAAAGCCUACUUUCCAGCUGUCAAGCAACGAUACGGUCGCCAGAUUGAAGGCCCAAAAGGAGGAUAGACAAAAGAGGGAGGCAGAAGGCGGAGUUUCCAAAAUACGGCCCGUCAGCAUGCCUCCUCCACCAAAAUCUACCAAGCCUCUCACCAAGCCAGCUUUCCAACUCCCUGGCGAAAAAAUUGCUGAGAAACUCAAGGCACAGAAGGAGGAGCGGCAAAAGAGAGAAGCUGAAGUACCUCAGCAACAAGCACCAAAGCAGCGUCCUGUCAGCAUCAGCAUGGCUCCUCACGCCAAGUCGACGAAAGCACCAACAAAGGCCACUUUCGAGCUACCCGGCUCAGCCGUUGCAGAAAAGUUGAGAAUAAAGAGGGAAGAGCGCUUAAAACGCAUGGAAGAAGCGGAAGCAGCAAAGAAAGAAGCCGCCCUCAAGGCACGACAGGCACCAGUCCGGAAGCCAGUGGCCGUCCCUAUCAGACAGCAACCAGGCAUUACCAUUGCGCCACCACAACCACAGAUCCAACGGGUGUCUUCACUUGCAAGCAAGCACAGCAGCAUGUCUCUCUCGCAACCAGGCGUCACUAUUGCGCCACCGCAACCACAGCAAGAGUCUCAGCGUUCUUCUUCUCUGGCUAGCAAGCGCAGUAGUAUGUCUCUCUCGCAACCACUGUCUCAGUCACGUUCUACGUCGACGUCUUCGGCAAACCGCAAUAGUGUCAUCGUUCCUAAGGCUGUUGUCACACCUGUUGAUGUUGCGCAACAGAAGCUGAAGGGUAGAGAGGUCUUCAAUCGUGAUCGCACGGAGAAGGAAGCGCGGGAACGUGAGAGGAAGGAGAAAGAAGAGGCUGCCAAACGGGCACGAGCGGAGGCAGCUGAGCGUGGGAGGAUUGCCAGUAGGGAGUGGGCUGAGAGACAAAGGAAGAAGAUGAUGGGUGCUUGA